AUGAAGGGAAAUGACGUGGACUCAUACACUGCACGUUUCCAUGAGUUAGCCAAAUUGGUGCCACAUUUGGUGAAGCCCGAGCAGAACCGAGUUGAUCGAUACGUUUGGGGCUUGUCUCCUGUAAUCAGAGGGAAUGUGACUUUGGCUGACCCGAAAACCCUACAAGAAGUAGUGAAGUUAGCGACAAGACUCACCAACAAUGCAAACCGCUCGGGAGCAUUCACAAGUGACAAGGCAAGAGGAAAGAGGAUAAUGGAGGAACCUGCUAGAAGACAGUUUGGAAGAAGGAUGGGUAAGGUGCAGAAAGUAUCAGGAAACUAUGGAAUUCAGGCACCGGCGACAGAGAAAGGGAAAGGAUCAUACACAAAGUGUGACAAGUGCAACAAACAGCACCUGGGGAGAUGUAUCACAUGUCUUAAGUACAAGAGAAUAGGACAUGUUGCGAAGGAUUGCAGAGCCGGAGAAGGACGGGUUUGCUUUGAGUGUGGAAGCCCAAAUCAUUUCUGA